UCUUCCUUUCGCGCCGGCGGCCGCUGGAGGCGGCGCGUCCAUGUGCGCUCGGCGCGGCCCCGGCCCCUGCCCUCCGCCCCCCGCGCUGCCCCCGCCAUGGACCCCAGCGGCAUCAUCGAGGCCCUGCGCGGCACCAUGGACCCGGCGCUGCGCGAAGCCGCCGAGAGACAGCUCAACGAGGCUCAUAAAUCAGUGAACUUUGUUUCAACUCUGCUUCAGAUCACUAUGUCCGAGCAACUGGAUUUACCAGUGAGACAGGCAGGGGUUAUCUACUUGAAAAAUAUGAUAACCCAGUACUGGCCAGACCGUGAAAGUGCCCCAGGAGAGAUCCCACCUUACUCCAUCCCAGAAGAAGACAGACACUGUAUCCGUGAGAACAUUGUAGAAGCCAUCAUCCACUCUCCUGAGCUGAUCAGAGUACAGCUUACUACUUGCAUUCACCACAUUAUCAAGUAUGAUUAUCCAAGUCGCUGGACUGCAGUUGUGGAGAAAAUUGGAUUUUAUCUCCAGUCGGACAAUAGUGCUUGUUGGCUUGGAAUUCUUCUCUGUCUCUAUCAACUUGUGAAAAACUAUGAGUACAAGAAACCAGAGGAGCGGAGUCCCUUGAUAGCUGCAAUGCAACAUUUUCUGCCAGUCCUGAAGGACAGCUUCAUUCAGCUCUUGAAUGAUCCAUCAGACCAGUCUGUCCUCAUCCAGAAACAGAUCUUCAAAAUAUUUUAUGCCCUUGUCCAGUACACACUACCUUUGGAGUUGAUAAAUCAGCAAAACCUGACUGAGUGGAUAGAAAUCCUGAAGACUGUUGUCGAUAGGGAUGUACCAGCUGAAACCCUUCAGGUUGAUGAAGAUGAUAGACCUGAGUUGCCUUGGUGGAAAUGCAAGAAGUGGGCUUUGCAUAUCUUAGCUAGGCUCUUUGAGAGGUAUGGAAGCCCUGGUAACGUUUCCAAGGAAUACAAUGAGUUUGCUGAAGUUUUCCUGAAGGCCUUCGCUGUUGGUGUUCAGCAAGUGUUGCUGAAGGUGCUGUAUCAGUACAAGGAAAAGCAGUACAUGGCUCCUAGAGUUCUGCAGCAAACGCUGAAUUACAUCAAUCAAGGGGUGUCUCAUGCAGUCACCUGGAAGAAUCUGAAACCUCAUAUUCAAGGAAUCAUCCAAGAUGUUAUUUUCCCACUGAUGUGCUAUACAGAUGCUGAUGAAGAGCUUUGGCAAGAAGAUCCAUAUGAAUACAUCCGCAUGAAAUUUGAUGUGUUUGAAGACUUCAUAUCUCCAACAACUGCUGCUCAGACAUUAUUGUUUACAUCAUGUAGUAAAAGAAAAGAGGUCCUGCAGAAGACAAUGGGCUUUUGUUACCAAAUUCUUACGGAGCCAAAUGCUGAUCCUCGCAAGAAAGAUGGUGCUUUACAUAUGAUUGGUUCUUUGGCUGAAAUUCUCCUAAAAAAAAAGAUCUAUAAGGAUCAAAUGGAAUAUAUGUUGCAGAAUCAUGUGUUCCCUCUCUUCAGCAGUGAGCUGGGUUACAUGAGAGCAAGGGCUUGCUGGGUUCUUCAUUAUUUCUGUGAAGUCAAAUUUAAAAGUGACCAGAAUCUCCAGACAGCCUUAGAACUCACGAGACGGUGUCUGAUAGAUGAUAGGGAAAUGCCUGUGAAAGUGGAAGCUGCAAUAGCUCUUCAAGUUCUCAUCAGUAAUCAAGAGAAAGCUAAAGAAUAUAUUACUCCUUUCAUUAGACCUGUAAUGCAAGCUUUGCUUCAUAUUAUAAGAGAGACUGAAAAUGAUGAUCUUACUAAUGUGAUUCAGAAGAUGAUCUGUGAAUAUAGUGAAGAAGUUACCCCAAUUGCAGUAGAAAUGACACAGCAUUUGGCAAUGACAUUUAACCAGGUGAUCCAGACUGGUCCAGAUGAAGAGGGCAGUGAUGACAAAGCAGUGACAGCAAUGGGAAUCUUGAAUACUAUUGAUACCCUUCUCAGUGUAGUUGAAGAUCACAAGGAAAUUACCCAGCAGCUGGAAGGGAUCUGUUUGCAAGUGAUUGGAACAGUUUUGCAGCAGCAUGUAUUAGAGUUCUACGAGGAGAUCUUUUCCUUGGCUCAUAGUCUGACAUGCCAACAGGUUUCUGCACAAAUGUGGCAGCUUCUUCCUCUUGUGUUUGAAGUCUUCCAGCAGGAUGGUUUUGAUUAUUUUACUGAUAUGAUGCCUCUCCUGCAUAAUUAUGUUACUGUUGAUACAGAUACACUUCUGUCAGACACAAAAUAUCUUGAAAUGAUCUACAGUAUGUGCAAGAAGGUCCUUACAGGAGUUGCUGGAGAAGAUGCAGAAUGUCAUGCAGCAAAGCUGUUAGAAGUAAUCAUUCUUCAGUGUAAAGGGCGUGGCAUUGAUCAGUGCAUACCCUUGUUUGUGGAAGCUGCCUUGGAGAGACUGACCAGAGAAGUGAAAACCAGUGAACUGCGAACCAUGUGCCUCCAGGUUGCCAUAGCUGCUUUGUAUUACAAUCCUCAUUUACUAUUAAACACGUUGGAAAAUCUUCGUUUCCCCAAUAAUGUGGAACCUGUCACCAAUCACUUCAUAACUCAGUGGCUUAAUGAUGUGGACUGUUUCCUUGGGCUUCAUGACAGAAAGAUGUGUGUGCUUGGCUUGUGUGCUCUUAUUGAUCUGGAGCAAAUACCACAGGUUUUAAAUCAAGUUGCUGGGCAGAUCCUGCCAGCUUUUAUCCUAUUAUUUAAUGGAUUGAAAAGAGCAUAUGCCUGUCAUGCAGAGCAUGAAAAUGACAGUGAUGAUGAUGAUGAAGCUGAAGAAGAUGAGGAAACAGAGGAGCUGGGGAGUGACGAAGAUGAUAUUGAUGAAGAUGGUCAAGAAUAUCUAGAAAUUCUAGCAAAACAAGCAGGUGAAGAUGGAGAUGAUGAAGACUGGGAAGAAGAUGAUGCUGAAGAGACUGCUUUGGAAGGCUAUUCCACAAUUAUUGAUGAUGAAGACAACCCUAUUGAUGAAUAUCAGAUAUUUAAAACAAUUUUUCAGACAAUUCAGAACCGCAACCCUGUGUGGUACCAGGCUUUGACACAGGGCCUUAAUGAAGAGCAAAGGAAGCAGCUGCAGGACAUAGCGACCCUGGCAGAUCAGCGGCGGGCAGCACAUGAAUCCAAAAUGAUUGAAAAGCAUGGAGGAUACAAAUUCAAUGCUCCGGUUGUGCCAACUUCAUUUAAUUUUGGAGGCCCUGCCCCAGGAAUGAAUUGAAUUAUCACUUUUCCUGCUACUGUGUGAUUGUAGUGAAGAGCUUGUGUUCCUCCCAAUAGUGGUUCCAGAACUGGUUCAUGUUAUCUACAACUCACUCUAAACUAAUUUAUAAAUAGAUUGGACAAAAGCCCCAGAAGUGGGACCUGAUUAUACAACAUGAUGCUGGAAAGCAAACCAGAGGGUUUUUUUGAAGAUAGGAAGAAUCUGAUUUUAAAGCUUCAAAUGACACACUUUGGAGAUCGGAAAUCAAGAGGGGAUGUCACGAAGGCAGCUUUUCUUUUUCUGAGGAAAAAAACUAGACAUGGGCUGCAGGACUACUUAAAAUGUCUCAUUUACAGUGCAAGCUAGAAGGCAGACCUAAUUUUUACACCUGUGGCACUAUGAGUAUUUGCCCAGUUUCUUUCCCUUUUAUCCCUGCUACUGGGUGUCUAUUCUUCUAAUGUAAAUACGAUGAGGUAAUCAGCCUCACUUAAUCUUCAUCAUUUCCAUUUAUCAAGAUUGUUCAUAUGUAGAAUAUUGGACACUUUAUGUAGCACUACAUAACUGAUAAAUCUGUAAAUGAAUUAGCACUUUCAUAUUGAAACAAGCCUGCUAGCCUAUGUACAAAAAUAGCAAAAUGUUUGCUAUUUAUAAAAAUAAGGGAUGUAUUGGGGAAAAUAAUUUCAAGUUAUUAAUUUAAAAUGAACUAGCAGUUUUGUACGUCGUGACUUUGUGGUGCAGUCACCUCUGGUUGUGACUUGAAUUCGGACAUGUAAAAAGAGGUUAGUGAUAUUUCAUUGCUGCUAAAGAAAAAAUAGCAACACCCUCUGUGUCCUUUGUUUUUUUUAAAGAUCCCACUGUACAAGCUAGAAAAUUGAAAAACUGUGUACUGUAAGCACAAGGAAGUUAUCCUCACUAAAGCAGGUAAAUGAGAUGUGAAGUUCUUAAGGUCAAUUGAAGUGUACAGGUGAAACAUCUACAUAUGCAAUCUAUUAAAAACAAGUGUCAUUGGCUGAUCUGGGCUAUGGUAUAUAAAUUCAAUUUUUUCCCCCAGGUGUGCAAAAUAUUCUUCUUCCAGCUCAUGGUAGUGCAGGUGCACUGCUCCUGAAUUUCAUUCCCCUUUUUGCACUUGCAGCAUUAGUGUGUGCUGUUGUCUGCCUGAUCCAGACAGUGUAUUUGAAGUUUUGCCAAUCUUUCAGUAUUGAAGCCACAAUUUUCUUCCUUCAAAGUUGCUAUAGUAACUAGUAUUUUAGCUAGAGAGGCAAAAUACAGUUCCCUCUGGGACCACUAUCAAAACCACUGUAUGAAGAAGCCAGCAGGGAGAGGCUGUGAAUUGGUUGGCUUAAAUGCCCCUUUUUUUUUUUUUUUUUUUUUUU